CGCAAGGUUAACACUACCACAGUUAGUACUACCAAACAAAGCUUCAUCAAAAACUUUCCAUCCGCCAUUCGUCCAAUGUGACCCAAGGGAUUGUGUUGAGCAUGAAUACCAGGAGCACCAGCAUCAUUGACAUCAUCGGCAGGAGAGAAUGGGAUCUGGGCCACGGCGCCGUGUCGGAGCGGGCUCUGCACGUUACCGAGUCGCUGAUCCAGCGGCUCGGCCUGCUGAAGGAGCUGGACGGACACACGGGCUGUGUCAACUGCCUCGAGUGGAACCGCGACGGCUCGCUGCUGGUUUCCGGCUCUGAUGACUCCCAGGUGAUCCUGUGGGAACCUUAUCACCAGAAACUGUUGCAGACAAUACCAACUGGUCACAAUGGCAACAUAUUUUCAGUCAAGCUGCUGCCGGCCUCCGAGGAUCGCGUGCUGGCCACGUGCGCCGCCGACUGUCAGAUCAAGGUGCUGGACGUGCCGUUCGGCGAGGUGACGCACCAGUGCAGCUGCCACCAGGGCCGCGUCAAGCGGCUGGCCGUCUCAUCCCACCUGCCCUACCUCGUCUGGUCGGCCGGCGAGGACGGACUAGUCAUGCAGCUGGACCUGCGCGUGAAGCACCAGUGCCGGCCGGCCGGCGGCGGCGGCAGCGUGCUGGUGAACCUGCAGGCGACGGCCGGGCCGGCCAGCGAGGCCAAGUGUGUGGCCGUCAGCCCGGCGCGGCCCGACCUGCUGGCCGUCGGCGCCAACGACCCGUUCGUGCGCGUCUACGACCGGCGCAUGUCACUGGCCGUCACGUAUGUGGCGUACAGCGCCGACGGCUCGCAGCUGCUGGCCAACCUGGGCGGCGAGCAGGUCUACCUGUUCGACGCCAGCCACCCGCGCGCCGAGAACGUGCUGGACCCGGCCGUGCUCAGCAGGCCGGCCGCGACAGAGGAGCCGCGGCCGGCCACGCCCGCGCUGCCGGCGCGGCUGGACGAGCUGCGCCAGGAGGCGAACCGAUGUCACCAGCAGCAGCACUUCUCCCAGGCCAUCCAGCUCAACAGUCGCGCCAUCCGCCUACGCGACAACGUGCCCAACUUCUACUCCAACCGGGCGGCGGCCUUCAUGAAGCGCGCCUGGAACGGCGACAUCUACGCGGCGCUGCGCGACUGCCAGCGCACGCUGGCGCUGCAGCCGGGCCACAUGAAGGCCGGCUUCCGACUCUGCUGGUGCCUGCUGGAGCUGGGCCACCUGCGCGAGGCGGCGCAGGCGGUGACCGCCUUCCGGCGCCGCCACCCGCAGCAGGCGGCCAGCCACGCCGUGCGCAUACUGGAGCGCGACCUCAAGGAGGCGCAGUUUCACCACGCCAUCGACGUCGGCCCGACGGCCGAGCCGCUGCUGAAGCUGGAGUCGGCGCUGGACUCGCCGGCGCUGUCCGAGCAGGAGCGCUGCUGGCGCCGGCUGUCGGCCGACUACCAGUCCCGCUACUGCGGCCACUGCAACACCACCACCGACAUCAAGGAGGCCAACUUCUUCGGCAGGGACGGCCAGUUCAUCCUGGCCGGCUCCGACGACGGCACCUUCUUCAUCUGGGAGCGGCAGACGGCGGCCAUCGUGCGCGUGCUGCGCGGCGACGCCACUAUCGUCAACUGCGUGCAGCCGCACCCGCGCCUCUGCCUACUCGCCUCCAGCGGCAUCGACAGCUGCGUGCGGCUCUGGGGCCCGCUGCCGGAGGGCGCGCCGCAGGAGCGGUGCGUGGCCGACGCCGAGCACGCGGCGCAGGCCAACCAGCAGCGCAUGAACGCCGACCCGAUGGACAUGAUGCUGCUCAACUUCGGCAGCCGCGUGGCCGGGGGGGACGAGGCGCCCGGCCAGGGCAUCCCGUGCCGGACCAGCUAG